AUGGAUACCUCCGGACUGUCGCCGUUGGCCGACCUGGACUCCAGCUCCGGUGGAUCGGAUGGUGUCGGAAGCUUCGGCCACGGUCAGCCAAUCUACAUGAACCAAAGUGUGUACCGCGAGAAUCCCAGCUCCAUCAAGACACUGUUCUUCUCGGACAAGCUGCAAGAGUUCAGCGACAAAGAGUACCACCAUCAGCCGCACCAGCACCAGCAGCAGGAGCGGAAGUACCACGAGCCCAGCCAGUAUCACCCGCUGAAGUCGGGACACCCGGGCCAGACGGACGUUAUCUACUAUGCGAAUAAACCCAUCAGUGAAGUCAACGGUGGACUGGUUAGUAGCGGUAGUAGCACCAACAGUAGUGCCACUUCCGUCCACAGUGGCACCGGCGGUGGAAUGCUCUCGGCGGCGCCGGGUUCCGGCGUUCCGGUGUGCGCUACCGGGACCGUGUUGAUGGCGCGUGACAACAACAACAGCUCCUACCUGCAAUCGCUUCAACCGCCGGUGCAACCUCCGGCCUCGGUAUCGGCCGCCGUAGCAGCAGUGCCUCAGCUCAGCUCACACGUCCCCGCGCACGUCGGCGGCCCGCUGACCGACAUGGAGCGCAAGUGUUUCAGCUUCAGCCCGGACCAGAUCCAGUGUAUGUGCGAGGCACUGCAGCAGGAGGGUGACCUGGAGAAGCUGGCCACCUUCCUGUGGAGCCUGUCGCCGAGCGAUCUGAUCAGUGGCAACGAGAGCCUGCUGCGGGCCCGGGCCCUGGUCGCGUACCACCGGGGGCUCUACCAUGAGCUGUACGCGGUGCUUGAGUCGCACUUCUUCUCGCCCAAGUACCACCCGGACCUGCAGACGCUCUGGUUCAAGGCGCACUACCGCGAGGCGGAAAAGGUGCGCGGCCGGCCGCUCGGCGCGGUCGACAAGUAUCGGUUGCGCAAGAAGUACCCGCUGCCGAAGACGAUCUGGGACGGCGAGGAGACGGUGUACUGUUUCAAGGAGAAGAGCCGCAACGCGCUCAAGGACUGCUACACCCGGAACCGCUACCCGACGCCGGACGAGAAGAAGACGCUGGCGAAGAAGACGGGCCUCACGCUCACCCAAGUGUCGAACUGGUUCAAGAACCGUCGGCAGCGCGACCGGACACCGCAGAGCGGCCGACCCGAUCUCAUGAUGUCGGUGCUCCCCGUCGGACCGGACCAGAUGGACGGUGGCUACCAGCGGCUGUUUAAUGUGGCCAAUUACGGACCCGCGCACGGUUAUCACGCAAAUGAUAUGUACGCGGUGCAGUAGGAGGGCCCUCGACGGGGGUCGGAGCGGCAACGGCCGGAGGCGUUCGCGUGGCCAAAGGAUAGCGCCCCCUGUACCCCGGGGUCGGGAUGGGAUCACUUU